AUGCGUGUACCAGGGACAGAUUGGCUUAAAAAAAAUAAUAAAACUCAAAAUCUUCAGGAUAAUGAAUUAACGCAAAAUGAGGAAGAAUUUCAAUAUCCCGACGUUAAACAAAAAAAGAUAACUUCUGGUAAUCGGUCAGAUAUUGACAUUUCCGAUGGCGAAACUGAAGAACAAGCCUUCUUUAUUCCUGAAAAAACUGAAGAUGCGAAUAAUACAGCUCACUUGUCACUUAACGAAAAUAGUAAAGUAGCUCAAGAUCUGGGGUUUUCAUAUAUUCACGAUGAUGAAAAAGAAAAUUCGGUAACUUCCGAGUUUGUUUCGGAAAUGGACCAUUUUCUCGAUAGCAAAGUUGGAGAUUCGUAUCAUUCAGUUCCCUUUACAGCAGAACAAACUGGGAGCGUGAGAAAUAUCGCCGUUCUUCCCUCCUCGCUUGAGCAUAAUCAGAGUCCAUCUGAUCAACUCGAAGUGAAUACAAAGAGUAAUGAUCAAAGUACUUAUAUUACAACUUCCUCGAGAAAAAGACGUGAGGAAAAACAGAAUAUAAUUGUUAAUAAUGAAGAUCGUAAUUUAUCUCCAUUGGGGGAAAAUCGGGAAAAAAAGAUGACAAUCUCCAUUAAACAAAAUUCCGCGGAUCACAAACAAAAAUCCAAUAAAAGUCUCUUAGACCAGUCAAAAGAUGUCGCUUAUUCGAAUACCCGUCUUGAUCGGUCCUUGAAAGGAAAUCAAAGGGAAAAUUCAAAGGAAACCAAAAAAGAAAAUUUGUCAAAUCCUAUUACAAGCUUUGAAUAUCCACGUCAAGACAACUCCUUUUCGAAUACUCGAGAUGAUCAUCAAUAUGGGCAAGAUUAUUCAACAUAUAUUCAUCAAUUUCCGCCAGUAGCAAAAAAUACGAAGGAAGUUUUAGCAGAUUUUAAGCCUCAGCAAAAACAUAAUUUGAAUUCGCGUACUAAUCUUAAUCGUCCAUACGAUCAUUCAUCUGAUCAUAAUACUUUUCCACAAUUGACUAAAAGCUGGGGAGAGAAAUCUCAAAAAUGGAAUAAUCAAGGUUCAUUCAAUGAAUAUCAACGUGUUGCUACUAAUCCCAAUGUUCGAGAUAAUAAUAAUCAGUUCAACGGUCGUCAUGAUUUAGUUACUGAUUUACCACCAACGGAACAAGAGCCUCUUGAUCAUUCAUAUAAUUAUGGUACUUUACCUCAAGUAACUAGAAAUCAGGAAGAGAAAUCUAAAGAAAACAAUAAUCAAAUCUUAUCCGAGUUCACUAAAAAUAGUUCUAAAAGAAUGCGUCAAGAUUUGGUUACUGAUUUACCACCAAUGAAACGAGAGCCACUUAAUCAUACAUAUGAUUAUUCAUCUGAUCCCGACACUUUACCUCAAGUAACUAGAAAUCGGGAAGAAAAAUCUAACGAAAUCAACAAACAAACUUCAUCCGAGUUCACUAAAAGAAUUCGUCAAGAUUUGGUUACUGAUUUACCACCAAUGAAACAAGAGCAACUUAAUCGUCCGUAUGGUUAUUCAUCUGGUCAUGAAACUUCACCUCAA